GGUGGCAACCUUUGAUCUGGGUGGCAACCUUUCACACCAGCUUUAAUGUUUUUUAGUCUAUUUUUAUGUAAAACGAAAGUGCAAAAAUGAAAAGGACAUAAAUGCGCACUCGACAGUUGAACAAAUAAUUGAGCUGUGCACUCAAAUUAACAAGCAACGGUCGGUGCUCGGUUAUGGUUUGAUAUCCAUUUUACCAGUUUUCGCUGCGAAAAUAAUUUCGGCGCCCCGUUAAGCGACGUGUAUUGGGGCGCGGCGCUCAACUGAAAAGACCAAAACGACGAGUAUAAAGCCAAUAUCAAUAAUAAAUUUGCUAGAGAUAUCAGCGACAGAUAUCCACAAUGGCCGAAAGACCGAAAAAUUUGUUUGCAACUGGACCGAGUCGGUCACGCAUUCCACCUGAUCAGCUCAAUCUGAACAAUCUUAGCAUACGACAUCCGCCAUCGUCAACGUCGUCAACAUCGUCGGGAUCGACAUCGUCAGGCUCAAGUUCCUCAUCGCAGCAAAAUAAUGUGGCGUUACGUUUUGGCGCCCAACCCAGCUUUGUGCCAGCUGUACCCGUGCCCAGCAGCAGUAGCAGUAUUAGCACCAGCAUCAUAUCCAGCACUGGCCCUGGAACUGGAACUGGUACUGCCAGUGGAAGUGGAAGUAGCAGCAGCACCGCAACGGAUCGUCAUCGGGAGCGUAUAAGACAGCAGGCAUGCGGCAAGCUGCAGUUUGGCGAUGGUGCCGCCAACACACAUCAUUUUACAUCAGAUGAUCUCGAAGAUUUGGGCGAAAUUGGUCGCGGUGCAUUUGGGGCAGUUAACAAGAUGAUCUUCAAGAAAUUGGACAAAGUGAUGGCUGUGAAGCGUAUACGCUCAACGGUCGAUGAAAAGGAGCAAAAACAAUUACUUAUGGAUCUCGAGGUGGUCAUGAAGUCAAAUGAAUGCAUCUACAUUGUGCAGUUUUAUGGGGCGCUCUUCAAGGAAGGCGACUGCUGGAUAUGCAUGGAGCUAAUGGACACCUCGUUGGACAAGUUCUAUAAGUACAUAUUUGAGAAAAAGCAGCGGCAUAUACCCGAGUCCAUAUUGGCUAAGAUCACGGUGGCCACAGUGAAUGCUCUCAACUACUUAAAGGAAGAGCUUAAGAUCAUACAUCGUGAUGUCAAGCCGAGCAAUAUUCUCUUGCAUAGACGUGGUGACAUUAAGUUGUGUGAUUUUGGCAUCUCUGGGCAGCUAGUCGAUUCCAUAGCCAAGACUAAGGAUGCGGGCUGCAGGCCCUAUAUGGCGCCCGAGCGCAUUGAUCCGGAGCGCGCCAAGGGUUACGAUGUGCGCAGCGAUGUUUGGUCUUUGGGCAUAACAUUGAUGGAGGUGGCCACUGGCACAUUUCCCUAUCGCAAGUGGGAUUCGGUAUUCGAGCAGCUUUGCCAGGUUGUCCAAGGCGAUCCGCCACGUUUGCAUACAUCCUAUAAUGGCAUGGAGUUCUCCCAGGAGUUUGUGGAGUUUGUAAACACUUGCCUCAUCAAGAAGGAAAGUGAUAGACCUAAAUAUAGUCGGUUGUUGCAGAUGCCGUUCAUAAGGCGGGGCGAGAAUAGCCACACGGAUGUGGCGGCCUAUGUGGCUGAUGUGCUUGAGUCCAUGGAAAGCGAUGGCAUCACACAGUUCACAACCAAUCAGCCAGCGGAAAGUUAAUCUAAAAAAGAGUCAUAAAAUAACUACAGUAACAACAAAAAAGGCAACCUAAAAACAGAGAAAACGAAAAGAAAAAAAAACUAUAUUGUUGUCUACUUUGUAGCAUUCGUAGUAAACGUAGCGCGUAUUUUGUUAAAACAAAAAAAAAAAAAAAACUAAAACGAUAAAUACAUUUGUAAAGAGCGUAUAUAACUUUUGUAUUUUGUGAAAAAAUGAAAGUAUAGCGCUAUGAAACGGUUAAAAACAUAAUGAUGAUAACAAAUGUGCGCUAGCUGGUAUUGUAUUGUGUUUUCUAUAAACGGUGUAGAAAUUCCUUUUUUUUUAUCUAAGUUUAUUGUUUAUUAUUGUCAAUAAGAACAGAAGAAGAAACCAGCAAUUUAAUGCGAAAUGAAAAUUUAAAGCAAUAUUUGUAAACAUUUGUAACAUGCAGAUCUAAUGAAAAUGGAAAUGAAAAUGUUAACUAAACACCAAUUAAAAAUAGCCAUAAAACAAUACACAAAUAGAUUAUUAUAUUCGUUUUUGCAUAAUUUAAACGCAUUUUAUAAAUUUUCUUUGCAUAUUAAAGUUAAGUAAAAAGCUUUAAACAUUUGCCAAGUGGCUGCAUUUUUUAAAUUUGUAGGAGAAAUUAAUGAAUGCAAAACAAAACAAAAUUAAUCCAAUGAUAUACAAUAAAAUAAUUAUCAAAAAUACAUUAAUACAAAACACACACACAGCUACACACGUUUUUAUGCGUAGUAAUUAGUUAAUAAGCCCUAAAGAAUAUUUAGCAAAAACAAAAACAAAUAAAUGUAUUGUGCCUAAGUAUAAA